GCGGGGAGGGACCGGACCGGACCGAGCCGGGGCCACGGCCCCCCGCCCCGAAACCCCGCUGAGCCCGAGGUGGACAAAAGAUGAAGCCAAUGAAGAAGGUAUGCCCUGGCCUCCCAGGUUCUGGCAGUGGCGGCAAAUCCCCACCAGCCACCAGGGCCAAGGCCCUGAGGCGGCGAGGUGCUGAGGAAGGUGACAAGCCAGAGGAGGACGACGAUGAGGCACAACAACAGCAACAGCAGCAGCAGCAGCCAGGGCCAGAAGAGGCUGAGGAAGGUGAGGAGGAGGAGGCCGAGAGGGGCCCUAGGGCUGAGGGGCUGCCCGUGGAACUGCACCCUGAUGGCCCAGCCCCAGGCCCAACUGAGGACCCCAAGGUAGAGGGGGAGGGAGGCCGCUGGGAGCCCUCACUCAGCCGAAAGACUGCCACGUUCAAGUCACGAGCACCCAAGAAGAAGUAUGUGGAGGAGCACGGGGCUGGCAAUGGCAAUGGUGGGGCAGCUGGGGGCUCUGAAGAGCGCCCGAGGACCCCAGAGGAGGCCGGUACCCUAGCUGUGCCUCCUCGGCCACCUACAUCUACCCGCUCCUCCUCCACUGACACAGCCAGUGAGCACUCAGCCGACUUGGAGGAUGAGCCGGCCGAAGCGUGCGGGCCAGGCCCCUGGCCCCCUGGCAGCGCCGGUGCUGGCUAUGACCUGCGGCAGCUGCGGUCCCAGCGUGUGCUGGCUCGGCGUGGGGACGGCCUCUUCCUGCCGGCUGUGGUGCGCCAGGUGCGCCGAAGCCAGGACCUGGGUGUGCAGUUCCCUGGAGACCGGGCCCUGACUUUCUACGAGGGGGUACCCGGCAGUGGUGUGGAUGUGGUUUUGGAUGCCACGCCACCACCAGGUGCGCUGGCGGUGGGCACAGCCGUCUGUACCUGUGUGGAGCCUGGAGUGGCUGCCUACCGUGAGGGUGUGGUGGUGGAGGUGGCCACCAAGCCAGCAGCCUACAAGGUCCGCCUCAGCCCUGGCCCCAGCUCCCAGCCGGGCCCAGCAGCCUCCACCCCACAGCCCCCACAGCCGCCACACUGCGAGACUGAGGAGGCCGUGUGGGUGGCCCGCUCCAGCCUGCGCCUGUUGCGGCCCCCCUGGGAACCUGAAGCCCUGCCGAGGAAGCCCCCUACUGGGCCCGAGGAGGAGCAGGCUGAACCAGGGGCCCCACUGCCCCCCUGCCCUGUAGCCCUGGACCCUAAGCAGCCUGAGGAUGCCGAGGUCUCCAAGAUCAGCUUCGGUGGCAACCUGGGGGCUUGUGAAGAGAGUGAAGAGAAGCACCCUCCAGCCUUGGGCACCCCAGCCCUGCUGCCACUGCCCCCACCCCAGCUCCUGUCACCUCCACCCAAGUCCCCAGCCUUCGCAGGCCCUGGUCGCCCCGGGGAGCAGCCCUCACCCUGCCAGGAGGGGAGCCAGGGCGGCAGCCGUAGCAGCAGCGUGGCCUCUUUGGAGAAGGGGGCCGCGCCGGCUGCCCGGGCCCGUACACCACUGACAGCUGCACAGCAGAAGUACAAGAAGGGGGACGUGGUCUGCACGCCCAAUGGCAUCCGCAAGAAAUUCAACGGCAAGCAGUGGCGACGGCUGUGCUCGCGGGAUGGCUGCAUGAAGGAGUCCCAGCGGCGGGGCUACUGCUCGCGCCACCUGUCCAUGCGGACCAAGGAGAUGGAGGGUCUGGCGGACAGCGGCCCCGGUGGGACCGGGCGGCCCGCCGGGGUGGCAGCCCGCGAGGGCAGCACUGAGUUUGACUGGGGUGAUGAGACAUCGAGGGACAGCGAGGCCAGCAGUGUGGCUGCCCGCGGUGACUCUCGCCCACGCCUGGUGGCCCCUGCGGACCUGUCCCGCUUUGAGUUCGAUGAGUGUGAGGCGGCUGUGAUGCUGGUGUCUCUGGGCAGCUCACGCUCGGGCACACCCUCCUUCUCCCCGGUGUCUACACAGUCCCCCUUCUCGCCGGCCCCGUCCCCUUCCCCCUCACCACUCUUUGGCUUCCGUCCCGCCAACUUCAGCCCCAUCAACGCCUCUCCAGUCAUCCAGCGCACUGCUGUUCGAAGUCGUCACCUGAGCGCCAGCACCCCUAAGGCAGGUGUGCUGACGCCACCAGACCUGGGCCCCCACCCGCCGCCACCUGCCCCCCGAGAGCGCCAUUCCUCCGGCAUCCUACCCACCUUCCAGACCAACCUGACUUUCACCGUGCCCAUCAGCCCUGGGCGGCGGAAGACAGAGCUGCUGCCCCACCCAGGCACUUUGGGGGCUACUGGCACAGGGGGUGGAGGAGCUGCCCCAGACUUCCCUAAGAGUGACAGCCUGGACUCUGGCGUGGACUCGGUGUCCCACACACCUACACCCUCCACACCGGCUGGCUUCCGGUCCGUGUCGCCUGCCGUGCCCUUCUCCCGAUCCCGCCAACCCUCACCAUUGCUGCUGUUGCCCCCUCCUGCCGGCUUGACCUCCGACCCCGGGCCCUCCGUGCGCAGGGUGCCUGCUGUGCAGCGGGACUCACCUGUCAUUGUCCGCAACCCUGACGUUCCACUGCCUUCCAAGUUCCCUGGGGAGGUGGGCACUGCCAGUGAGGCACGGGCUGGGGUACCCGGGCGGGGCUGCCGAGAGACUCCGGUACCCCCAGGCGUGGCCAGUGGGAAGCCUGGCCUGCCCCCACCUUUGUCGGCCCCUGUGCCCAUCACCGUGCCUCCAGCUGCGCCAACAGCAGUGGCCCAGCCGAUGCCCACCUUUGGCCUGGCUUCCUCGCCCUUUCAGCCGGUGGCCUUCCACCCUUCACCUGCUGCCCUGUUGCCCGUCCUGGUGCCCAGCAGCUAUACCAGCCAUCCUGCCCCCAAGAAGGAAGUCAUCAUGGGCCGCCCUGGGACAGUGUGGACAAACGUGGAACCUCGCUCUGUGGCCGUGUUUCCCUGGCACUCUUUAGUCCCCUUCCUGGCCCCCAGCCAGCCUGACCCCUCUGUACAGCCAAGUGAGGCACAGCAACCUGCCAGCCAUCCAGUGGCCGCCAACCAGAGCAAAGAACCUGCUGAGUCAGCAGCUGUUGCUCAUGAGCAGCCACCAGGUGGGACAGGGAAUGCUGACCCUGGGCGAACCCCCGGAGCCACAUGCCCUGAGAGCCCAGGGCCCCCUCACACUUUGGGGGUGGUGGAACCCGGGAAGGGUCCCCCUCCCAACACUGAGGAGGAGGCUCCUGGCCCUCCAGGAGAGUCCCGACUGGACAGUGAGACAGAGAGUGACCAUGAUGAUGCCUUCCUCUCCAUCAUGUCUCCUGAGAUCCAGUUGCCUCUGCCGCCUGGGAAACGCCGGACCCAGUCCCUCAGUGCCCUGCCCAAGGAACGAGACUCCUCUUCAGAGAAGGAUGGACGCAGCCCCAACAAGAGGGAGAAGGACCAUAUCCGGAGGCCCAUGAAUGCCUUCAUGAUCUUCAGCAAGCGGCACCGGGCCCUGGUCCACCAGCGGCACCCCAAUCAGGACAACCGGACCGUCAGCAAGAUCCUGGGCGAGUGGUGGUAUGCCCUGGGGCCCAAGGAGAAGCAGAAGUACCACGACCUUGCCUUCCAGGUGAAAGAAGCUCACUUUAAGGCCCACCCAGACUGGAAGUGGUGCAAUAAGGACCGGAAGAAGUCCAGCUCCGAGGCCAAGCCUGCAAGCCUGGGUCUAGCUGGAGGCCACAAGGAGCCGCGGGAGAGGAGCAUGUCAGAGACAGGCACUGCCGCUGCCCCUGGAGUGUCCUCGGAGCUCCUGUCCGUCGCAGCCCAGACACUCUUAAGCUCGGACACUAAGACUCUGGGGAGCGGCUCCUGUGGGGCAGAACGUUUGCACACCGUUGGGGGACCUGGCUCGGCCCGGCCUCGCGCCUUCUCCCACAGUGGGGUACACGGCCUGGAUGGUGGGGAAGUAGAUAGCCAGGCACUACAGGAACUGACUCAGAUGGUGUCUGGGCCUGCCUCCUACUCUGGUCCAAAACCUUCCACCCCAUAUGGGGCACCAGGCCCCUUUGCAGCCCCUGGUGAGGGAGGUGCCCUGGCAGCCAGUGGGCGGCCCUCAAUGCUGCCCACCCGAGCUUCCCGUUCCCAGCGUGCGGCCAGCGAGGACAUGACCAGUGACGAGGAGCGUAUGGUCAUCUGUGAGGAAGAAGGGGAUGACGAUGUCAUUGCUGAUGAUGGUUUCAGCACUACUGACAUUGAUCUCAAGUGCAAGGAGCGGGUGACAGACAGUGAGAGUGGAGACAGCUCUGGGGAGGACCCAGAGGGCAACAAGGGCUUCGGCCGAAAGGUGUUUUCACCUGUGAUUCGUUCCUCCUUUACCCACUGCCGCCCAUCUCUGGACCCGGAGCCUCCGGGACCCCCGGAUCCACCUGCAGCCUUCGGCAAAGGCUACGGUCCCACCCCGUCCUCGUCCUCACCUGCCUCCUCAACCUCAGCAGCCACGUCCUUCUCACUGGGCUCGGGAACCUUCAAGGCCCAGGAGUCAGGUCCGGGCAGCACAGCAGGCCCUCUUCGACCCCCACCUGCUGGGACUGGGGGCCCAGUGACACCUUCCAAGGUCACUCGAUUCCUCCCAACGGAUCCUGCCACUUUCCGGCGCAAGAGACCUGAAAGCAUGGGGGGCCUGGAGCCACCAGGCCCCUCGGUCAUUGCAGCUCCUCCUGGCGGGGGAGGUGUCCUGCAGACACUGGUCCUGCCCCCCAACAAGGAGGAUCGCGAGGGCAGUGGAGCCCGCAUGCCCUCAGCCCCAGCCCCAUCGCUGGCCUAUGGGGCCCCUGCAGCCCCCCUGUCCCGCCCUGCCGCCACCAUGGUCACCAAUGUGGUGAGGCCUGUCAGCAGCACUCCCGUGCCCAUUGCUUCUAAGCCCUUCCCCACCCCUGGCCGGGCAGAGGCCUCUCCAAAUGACACAGCAGGUGCCAGGACUGAGCCAGUCACUGGGUCCCGGGCACCAGGCGGCUCUCCGCUGGGUGUCAGCUUAGUGUAUUCGGACAAGAAGUCAGCAGCAGUGUCCUCACCAGCCUCACAUCUGGUAGCUGGACCCCUACUGGGCACUGUGGGAAAGGCACCUGCCACCGUUACCAAUCUGCUGGUGGGCACCCCAGGCUAUGGGGCCCCAGCGCCCCCUGCUGUCCAGUUCAUUGCCCAGGGAGCCCCUGGCAGUGGGCCUACUGCAGGCUCAGGAGCAGCUGCUGGAAGCGGCCCCAAUGGGCCAGUGCCCUUGGGCAUCCUGCAGCCAGGUGCUCUGGGCAAGGCUGGGGGAAUCACCCAGGUGCAGUACAUCCUGCCCACCCUGCCCCAGCAGCUUCAAGUGGCACCUGCCCCAGCACCCGCCCCUGGGACCAAGGCAGCAGCUCCCGGUGGCCCUGUACCCACCACUAGCAUCCGUUUCACCCUCCCGCCGGGCACCUCCACCAACGGCAAAGUCCUGGCCGCCACCGCACCCACUCCUGGCAUCCCCAUCCUGCAGUCAGUACCCUCUGCCCCACCCCCCAAAGCCCAGUCGGUGUCUCCUGUGCAGGCGCCACCCGCAGGUGGCUCAGCUCAGCUGCUGCCCGGGAAGGUACUGGUGCCCCUGGCUGCUCCUAGCAUGUCAGUGCGGGGUGGCGGGGCCAGCCAGCCGCUGCCCCUGGUGAGCCCGCCCUUCUCUGUUCCUGUGCAGAAUGGCGCCCAGCCGCCCAGCAAGAUCAUCCAGCUGACUCCUGUGCCAGUGAGCACUCCUGGCGGCUUGGUGCCACCCCUCAGCCCAGCCACGCUCUCUGGACCCACCUCACAGCCUCAGAAGGUCCUGUUACCUUCGUCCACCAGAAUCACCUAUGUGCAGUCAGCAGGCGGGCACGCGCUGCCCCUGGGCACCAGCCCUGCGUCCAGCCAGGCUGGGACAGUCACCUCCUAUGGGCCCACAAGUUCCGUAGCCCUUGGCUUCACCUCUCUGGGACCCAGUGGCCCUGCCUUUGUGCAGCCUUUGCUUUCAGGCCAAGCCCCAUUGUUGGCUCCAGGCCAGGUGGGCGUGUCACCUGUGCCCAGCCCCCAGCUGCCUCCCACCUGCACAGCCCCUGGAGGUCCAGUCAUCACAGCCUUUUACCCUGGCAGCCCCGCACCCAGCUCCUCAGCACCCUUGGCCCAGCCUUCCCAGGCCCCCCCAGGUCUGGUCUACACUGUGGCCACCAGCACCACCCCACCUGCUGCUACCAUCCUGCCCAAGGGCCCACCGGUCCCUGCCACUGCCACCCCAGCCCCUACAAGCCCUUUCCCUAGUGCCACAGGUGGGUACUGGGCCACCCCAGGGCUGGGUGAAUUGGGGAACCCUGGAGAUGGGUCCCAGUCAGGACUGGCUCAGCAAGUACCCUUUUCACCACCAGCAGGCUCCAUGACCUACAGCUUAGUGGCCCCCAAGGCCCAGCGGCCCACCCCCAAGGCCCCCCAGAAAGUGAAGGCCGCCAUCGCCAGCAUUCCCGUGGGCUCCUUUGAGGCAGGUGCCCCUGGGCGGCCUGGCCCCACACCCCGGCAGCCCUUGGAACCUGGUCCAGCCCGUGAGCCCCCUGUCCCUGAGUCUGAGCUAGAGGGACCGCCUACAACACCAGGCCCUCCACCGCCCCCAGAGACAUGGGCUCCCACACCCCGGAGUUCCUCACCACCUGUACCCGCAGAGGAGCGGCUCAGCAGCAAGGGCCCUGAGACCGUGGCCAGCAAAUUCCCCAGCUCAUCUUCAGACUGGCGUGUCCCUGGACUAGGCCUGGAGAGCCGGGGGGAGCCCCCCACCCCUCCCAGCCCGGCCCCAGCUCCAGCCCCAGCCUCUGGUAACAGCAGCGGCAACAGCGAGGGCAGCAGUGGGAGGGCCACCGGGGACACCCCUGAGCGAAAGGAGGCAGCUAGUACCACAGGCAAGAAGGUGAAGGUGCGGCCCCCGCCCCUGAAGAAGACUUUUGACUCUGUGGACAACAGGGUCCUGUCAGAGGUGGACUUCGAAGAGCGCUUUGCUGAGUUGCCCGAGUUUCGACCUGAGGAGGUGCUGCCCUCGCCCACCCUGCAGUCUCUGGCCACCUCACCCCGUGCCAUCCUGGGCUCCUAUCGCAAGAAGAGGAAGAAUUCCACUGACCUGGACUCGGCCCCCGAGGACCCCACCUCGCCUAAACGCAAGAUCAGGAGACGUUCCAGCUGCAGCUCAGAGCCCAACACCCCCAAGAGUGCCAAGUGUGAAGGGGACAUCUUCACCUUUGACCGGACAGGUACAGAGGCCGAGGACGUGCUCGGGGAGCUGGAAUACGAGAAGGUGCCCUACUCAUCCCUGCGGCGCACCCUGGAUCAGCGCCGGGCCCUGGUCAUGCAGCUCUUCCAGGACCAUGGCUUCUUCCCAUCAGCCCAGGCCACGGCAGCCUUCCAGGCCCGCUACGCAGACAUCUUCCCCUCCAAGGUGUGUCUACAGCUGAAGAUUCGAGAGGUACGCCAGAAGAUCAUGCAGGCUGCCACUCCCACGGAGCAGACCCCAGGAGCCGAGGCCCCCCUCCCUGGACCGCCCUCCACUGGCACCCCUGCUGCUCCUGUCCCCACUCCUAGCCCUGCAGGAGGCCCUGACCCGACCUCGCCUGGCUCGGACUCUGGCACGGCCCCGGCUGCCCCGCCACUGCCUCCACCUUCAGAGCCGGGACCUGGGCAGCCUGGCUGGGAAGGGGCCCCCCAGGGGUCCCCCCCACCCCCUGGCCCUUCCACAGCUGCCACUGGCAGGUGAGGGGCCUCUGAGAAGAUCCCAGGACCCAUAGUACCCCCCUCAGGACAUGGACAGUACGUAGGUGGCAGGAAGGGGGGGCAGGAUGGUUAACCUCCUCCCCAUAAAGCCAUUUCGUCCUUUCCAGUUUGGGGCGGAAUGAGGCCUGCUCCUCUUGUCUACCCCCUCCCCCACAGCUUCCUCCCAGUAAUGGGGGGCAGCUGAGGGGAAGCAGGGGCACAGUCUCCCUGCACAGAGCCCCUGUAUGUAACCUGGAGUGUGUUACCUUCAGACCUUUUCACUUGUACUUUAUGCAAAAUGGCUCGUGCGAGGGCUGCAAGCCGAGGGCAGUGCGGGCCGUGGCCACAGGGAGACGCCUGUGGAACAGGGGGAGUUCAUGUACCCCUUUUUUCCCCAGAGGGGCUGGACUCAGGUUAGUUUGGGGGUGGGGGCUCCUGCACUUUGCCACAGGCUUGGGGAGGGUUGUCUCCCCACCCCCUCUGCCCUCCCAACUUGGGUUGUACUUUCUAAGAAGGUGAUUUCCCCAUCCUGUCCCCUCCCCAGAACAAAACAUGUUGAUCAUGUGCAAUAUUUCUUACUGUGCCGAGAAGCCGCAAUGACCGAGAUUAAAGCUGUUUAACACA